AUGGAUACAAAUGGCAUCAAUUUGCUUGAUAUCAAUGAAUAUUUCGAUAAGGUUUAUGCAUUUAUAGAUUAUGAGAAUACAAUACCUCAACAACAUUUUAAAUUUAUACAAAGUUGGAUUCAUAAUGAUAAUUCAAUUAACAAAUUAAAGAAAACUCAUUUAAUAAAUUCUUUAGAUGACCGAAAUAUUGAUUUAGAUAAAAUAAUUCAAGAUGCUAAAUUAAAUGCAACUUCACAUGAUUUAAUUUUUGAAUGA